CUUGGAAGUUUUUAAGGUCAGGCUUGACAAAGCCCUGGCUGGGAUGGUUUAGUUGGGGAUUGGUCCUGCUUUGAGCAGGGGGUUGGACUAGAUGACCUCCUGAGGUCCCUUCCAACCCGGAUAUUCUAUGAUUCUAAGGUCCGUUGAGCUAUCAGCCCCUGCCUGUAAAUCCCUUCCGAAAGCUCACCUCGGCUGUGAUGCCUACAGAGCUCUGCCAGCUGACAAAGGGAAGGGAGAGAGGAUGAAAUCUACAGACAAGGUUAGAGGGCAACUUGGAUGUCGUAUUUAUAGAUUCCAAGGCCAAAAGGGACCAUUGUGAUCAUCUGGUCUGACCCCCUGUAUAAUACAGGCCAGAGGACAACCCCCAAAAUAAUUCCUUGAGAAGAGCUCUUUAGAAAAACAUCCUACCUUGGUUUUAAAAUGACCAGUAAUAGAGAAUCCACAGGACUAAAUGGCGGUGAAUCAUCCUGCAAUUUACAUGGUCUAAUCAUAUCCACACAUUUAUAACAUGCCCAUCACCAUAGUAUCUAAGCAAAACCAACGCACUGGAUUUGUAACGAAGCCUAUACCAAGCCUCUUCCCCCCAAGUAUGUUUGCACCUGCAGUAUAUAGUGCCAGACUGUUUGCCCCACACUUAAAUCUGGGUGCAAAUACUUCACUCUCUAAAUGCUGCACUACGUACCCACCGUUAAAAGGCGCCCACCAACAUCGGAGGGGGGCCCUGAAAAGCUGGCUCAGACGCGUGCCCAAGUUUCACUAACUCUAGACCUCUGAGGACUCUACUCAUGCAAGUGGGUCCAUGGAGGGCUGGGGGAUCAGACCCCUAGUCUCCUAAAUGUAAAGAGACUGAUUUGUAAUGCAGAGGGGACGGGCUUUGCUGACAGUGCAAGCGUGGGAAGGUUUGCCACAGCAGGCAUGCAGAAAACAAAGGGUUUGCAUGACUGCUCUGUGGGCUGAUGGGAAGUGUAGUUCUCCCUCUCUGAUAAGGUUAAACAUCUGUGCUGUGAUCACAGGCAGCUUCAGUACCUUCCGGGGAAGGACUACAGCUCCCAGGAAUGCUUUGCAGCUCUGCAGGAGUAAAAGCCUUACAAUAGAAGGGACUCUAUGGGGCUAAGACAGCUGCACAUGUGAUCUCUGUGGGUAACUGCCUUAUUCCUCAGCAUCCUUAGUUUGUCAGGGUUUGCUUUAAAAAAAAAUCCCUCAUAGUCCUGCCUGCAGAUCGCCCCCCUUUUUCUUCUAUCUAAUCUUUCACUGCCUUUCCUGGUAACCUGAAAUCAGACCAGAGUCUCUCUGCACUGGCAGCCAUUAAGAGAGAAAAAACGGGCAGGGGGAAUAGGAAUCUCUAAAUACUGAUUGAUUAAAAAAAACGGAUCUGGGGUCCUCAUGGUCUGCGGAGUUCCAGCCAAGAAAACCCAUCUACACCCGGUUCAUUCCAGCACCAGAGGGGAAUGGCUGAGGAGAUCUCCGCUCAGAGGCUGGUAACAUUUGAGGAUGUCAGUGUCUAUUUCUCCCCGGAGGAGUGGGCGAUUUUGGAGGAAUGGCAGAGAGAGCUUUACCGGGACGUCAUGAGGGAGAAUUAUGAGCUUCUGAUCUCAAUGGCAGGUCAUUCUGUUACGAAACGUGACCUCCCGCCACGGACCGAGCAAGGGGAGGAGCCGCCACGUCCCAGGGCGUGGAGCGACGCAGAGGAAAAGGGGACUCUGCAGAGCUGCUUCACAGAUGAUGACAACUUUACUAUAAAAUCAGAACCACCUGACCCCUUACCAGAGAGAUCAGAAGAGAGUCUCUCCAUGUUUCCAGACUGGAGAAAUGCCUACAAGAUCCAGUGCAAACCACAAAGGCAACAGAUGUACCAUGCAGGAGCCAAGCAUGAGAAGCUAACUAUAAAAUUAGAGCCAAGUGAGCCCUCAUCAGAAAAGUCUGAAGAAGAUCUUUCCACAUCUUCAGACAUCUACAGGAUCCAGUGCAAACCAGAAAGGCAGCAGAUGAACCCCACCGGAGCAGAGAAUGAGAACCUUACUGUGAAAUUAGACUCCCCCGAACUAUCACCGGAACAGUCCAAAGACACUGUUCUUGAGUCUUCAGACUGGGACAGCAUCUUCAGGAUCCCUUGCAAAUCAGGAAGGCAGCCGGUGAGCCUCAUUGAAGCCGCCCAUGAGACCUCUGCUAUAAAACUGGAGGUCCCGGACCGAUCAUCAGAAACACACCAAGAGAACGUGGCCAUGAAUCCAGACUGGGGGAAUGUCUGCAGGGUCCCAUGCAGAUCACAAAGGCAGCUGAGGAGCACUCUAGGGGCUGAGGCUGAACAAUCCAGCUUUGGCAACAUGGAGAAUUUUGCACUUUUCCAAGGACACCUGAAGAGAGAAAUGCCAUACGUGUGCAUGGAAUACAAAGACAACUUUGCGGAUCAGGUUGGCCUGGAACCACACCAGGGAAAGCUCCCACUGGAGGCUCCAUUUAACUGGACUGAUUGCGGCAGCAGCUUUGGGCCGAUGUCCCUUCUCAUGACUCAUCAGGAAACCCACAUGGGAGUGAGGCCGUACAUCUGCACCGAAUGCAAGAAGGGCUUCAAUCACAAACAAGACUUGAUACGGCAUUACCGUAUCCACACGGGAGAGAGGCCCUAUCAGUGCACUGAAUGCGGGAGAAGCUUCAUCCAGAAAACGCACCUUAUAACGCACUUCCGAAUCCACACGGGCGAGAGGCCGUUUCCAUGCACCGAGUGUGGGAAAAACUUCAGGAAAAAAACCCACCUGGUGCGGCACCAGAGGACUCACUCAGGAACCCGGCCGCUUCCCUGCUCUGUAUGCCAGAAGAACUUCAGCCACAAGCAAGAUCUCGCCAGGCACCAGCAGAUCCACACAGGGGAACGGCCGUUCACGUGCACCGAGUGUGGGAAGAACUUCAGCUGGAAGAAGAAUCUCAUCACCCACCAGCGUAUCCACACGGGGGAACGGCCCUUCAGCUGCGUCAAGUGUGGGAAAAGCUUCAGCUGGAAGAAAUACCUCAUCACGCACCAGAAGACCCAUGAGGAGAAGAGACUGUACAACUGCCCUCACUGCGACAGGAGCUUCUGCCAGAAGUCCGUGCUCACCAUGCACCAGAAGACACACCUCGAGAGGCGAUCCUACACCUGCGCCAUAUGCCAGAGGAGCUUUGGCCACAAGCAGGACCUCAUAAGGCACCACCGGAUCCACACCGGAGAGAGACCCUUCGCCUGCAGCGAAUGCGGGAAGAGCUUCAGCCAGAAGACUCACCUGGUUACCCACUUCAGGAUCCACACAGGCGAGAGGCCGUUCCUGUGCAGCGAAUGCGGGAAAGGGUUCAGCAAGAAAACCCACCUGAUGAGGCACCAGCAAAUCCACACAGGGGAGCGGCCCUUCAGGUGCACCCAGUGCGACAAAGGCUUCAGCUGCAAGAAGAACCUCCUCACCCACCAGCUGAUCCACUCGGGGGAUGUGACCCUCUAUGCCUGCGCCGAGUGUGAGAAGAGCUUCACCUGGAAGAAGAACCUCAUCACCCACCAGAAGAUCCACGCGGGGAAGAAGCCGUUCAUCUGCACCGAGUGCGGGAAGAGCUUCAGCCAGAAAACCCACCUGAACGCCCACCAGCGCAUCCAUACCGGAGAGCGGCCCUUCCCCUGCGCCCAGUGCGGGAAGGCCUUCAGCCAGAAGUCCAUCCUCAUCACACACCAGAAGACCCACCUGGGCAGCCGGCCCUACGCCUGCACGGAGUGCGAGAAGAGAUUCAGCCACAAGCAGGACCUGAAGAGACACCUGAGGAUCCACACAGGAGAGAGGCCCUAUGCAUGCACCGAGUGCGGCAAGAGCUUCAACCAGAGGACACACCUCAUCACGCACUACAGGAUCCACACCGGGGAGAGGCCCUUCCCCUGCGACCUCUGCGGGAAGCGCUUCAGCAAGAAAACACACCUCAUGAGGCACCAGAGAGUGCACGCAGUGGUAAAGCCGCACGUGCGCUUACUCAACAUGGGGGCCAUCGCCAUGGGGAGCCAGCUUUCGGUCUCGGUUGGAAGUCCUAUCUCCCUCGGGGAUCCGCUGAAGGAGGAGACCAUAUACAUUUAUCAGCUGUGAAAGAAGAGCAACACUAGACACCUGCCCGACGGAGCUGAGCAAGGAAGGUGCAAGGAAGAAGCUUCUUGUCAAAUAACCACUCAGAAUCCAGACACUGCUGAAUGUGAGAGAAGCUUCACUCUUGCUCCACAGCAAGGCCACAUGCCUGGACCCAGUAUGCAGGAGCAGGUCCAGUCUAACCGUCCAGCUCCUGUUCCCACCAGCAAAUGCGCACAGAGCAGAAUCCGUGUCUCUUUAUCAGGCUGAAGUCUGCAGAUAAACUUUAUAGCACUCCAGGGACCAGCCUAGCGCUGGGACCCUAGAGGAAAGGUUCGUCUCCUCUCUCAGGUUAAUUAGUGGCCUCACACAAAGAACAUACUUUGGCCCCAAUUUGCAGCAAGUUGCCUUAGUUGCACACGCAGAAGUUGAGUGCAUCUGUCUGUGCCCCCGAAAGUGCAUCAGCCUACGCAAGACGAGCAACUGCCUGCACAAAGCACGCUUGGGGUGCAAUACUUGUGAGCACUGCUAAAGAAUCCCCCUGGAAACACGUCCCUUUGUAUCCGGGAUGUGAGAAGAACGUCCACCACAACUGGACAUUUUAAAGGUCACAAGACAGUCCACAUAGACAUUCACGGGAGUCUGCCGGGAGGAAUAUAAGCUUCGCUACUAGGUCCUGCUUCAGUCUACUCUGCAGAUCUGAACCAGGAGAGCAAAGACAGAACUGCAAUGAAUGUGUGAAAAGCUGCUAUCGAUAUUUAUAUGUAAAUUUCAAAUGGGAUCAUCGCAGGAAUCAACAAACCACAAAGACUGCCCUCAGUUGUACAGUAGCCCCUGAAAACGUGAGAAAUGGGGGGACACAGUGUCCGGCAUGUAGAACGUUUUCAAAAGAAGAGGAGUAAAGGAAUAACCAAGAUACCCUGUUAUCACCUCUGUCAGCCACUCCCCCUGCACCCCGUAUCCGCAGGGUGGCAGAGGACACUGAACACGAGUUGGCAGGAAGCCGUAGUGGGAAACAGUUUCGAACAGAACCAUCAUUUCUCCUUGAACUGCUCCUGGAAAUACUGGAGUGUAUUUCAGUGGCGCAUCAGCACACGCUGCAGUGACCAAACCAGGGGCUUUCCGUUCAGGCAGUGGGAAUGUCUACCUAGCUCUUCUCUCAUUUGGCUCGUACAUCCGCAGCAGAGAGCAGCUCGAUGGGUUUCAGAACCGGGCGCACCAUGAGAAUCCGAGCACCGUCUGCUUCCCCACAGGGACCCAGGGCUGUUAUUGCAGAUGUUAGCUCUAGCUUGCACAACGAGCGUGCUGAGUAUCAGACACGCUCACCACCGUCUAGCCAUGACACACUAACAGGGCUUAAAUUCGUCCGGAGCAGAAAUAUUGGUAAAUAUUCCCGAGCCCCAGCGUACCCUGUGGGGUGGAGCCCCCGCCUGCCCUGAGACCCGGUGUGCCCCCCCCUCCCCUACCCCCAUUGCGGCUAUAUCCCAGAGCCCCGCCACAGGGCAGAAUCCCCGAGCUCGCCCCACCAGCCCAGUGACUGGAGCCCUGAGCCUCCCCUCCACCCUGCUGGGCCCUGGAGUUUUUAUAGCAUGGUGGGGGGAGGUGAGAGGGGUUCUGGGAAAUAAUCUAUAAGAAUUUAAGCUCUGCCCACUAAUACUGCAGCCUCUGUAGUAGUAUUUAGAUAUUCUCUGCUUCUGUGGAUGACUUGUUCAUCCACAGAAGCAGAGAAUAUCUAAAGUCGCAUUCAGUGUCCUGCGUAAAGCGCAGGUACCUUGUCGUGAAAGGGAUGGUACGACUGGUGUUACAGCACUUACCGUUCCCAGGCGGUCUAGGGGCCAGUCUGAGCUGUCCAGCGUCUAGGGGCUUGUCUCUUCUCCCCACAUCGCUGGAGUAUCUGAAAGCCUCCCAGUAAAACCAGCCCCCCUAUUGCUGCCAUUGGAGGGUUUUAAGGGCAGGUUGGACAAACCCUGUCAGGGAUGGUCUAGUUAUUAUGCAGUCCUGCCCUGAGUGCAGGGACUGGACGGGAUGACCUCUCGAGGGCCCUUCCAGGCCUGUGGUUCUAUUUCUUUCUUCCGUCCCUACAGGCGAGAAGCAGGUUUGGUGGACACGGACACACACAGCCUGGGGCAAAUAAAGAACGUGGGUUUAAUGUUGUGCAAUGUAAUAUACGUGGGGGGAAAGUUACUGAGAAGGGGACUGUAGAGAUCCGUGAGCUCAGAAAAUGCCUGCCUUGGUUUGUAAAGGCAGCGUGGCGUGAAAAGGCAGGAAAUCCCCUCCUGUCCCUGCACGUUGUAACGCUCGCUGAAAGGGCUUCCCUCGUGCCACGCUGAACCUGCAGCGUCAGGGGCUGGAGUUUGCUGCUCAUUGUAAAUGGAGCGAAUUUGAUCUGGAACCCACUGAGGCAGAAUCAGCGUUAACUGCCCCACCCCCCGGUGCUGUUUCGACAGGGGCCUACCUGUCUGGCCACACUCACACUCAAGGUAAAGUCCCAUAGCAGUAGGGCCGCCAACGUGGGGCGGGAGGGGGCAAAGGGGGCAAUGGCCCAGGGGCCCCCGGCCCCCACCCCGAGCGCCAACUCCGCAACUCCCAUUGGCCGGGAACUGCAGCCAAUGGGAGCUGCGGGGGCAGUGUCUGCGGGCAGCAGCGUGUGGAGACACCCUAAGCCCCCUGCCUAGGAGCCGCUGCGAGAGGGGUGUGUGGGUCGCUUUCGAGAGCCGCCCAAGGUAAGCGCUGACCCCCUCCUACAACCCAGCCCCCUGCCCCAGCCUAGAGCCCACACCCCCUCCUGCACCCAACAUUCUG